AGUAAGUCAAAUAAAGAAAGAUUAAAAGAAAAACCCGGUAACCGGAGAAGGAAGAAAAUGGUGCAUGCUUCACUCCCACUCUCCACCCCUUUCAAUCCCAAAACCCCUUUAUGCUUUUCGCCUUUCCAUUUUUCCGAAUUUCCCAACAAAUUAUUCUAUUUCACUCCUUCGCCAACCGUUCCAUCUUAUUGCUCUCAGAAAAGAAGCAUUGCACUGCCAGAAGAUAGACAAUAUGAGACAGUGAACACUGCAUCAAUCACAAACAACCCCGUUUCGUGCAGCGAGAGUGGCCUACCUCCUCUAGUCAGUGCAUUGAAAGCCUCGGCUGAACAAAAUGCCGCCACUUUUCACUUUCCUGGACAUAACAGAGGCCAUGCUGCCCCUGCCUCAUUGACUCGACUCAUUGGAAUAAGACCGUAUGUUCAUGAUUUGCCCGAGCUACCGGAACUUGAUAACCUCUUUUGUCCCCAAGGGCCCAUAUUAGAAGCACAAACAGAAGCAGCCAAAUUGUUUGGAUCAUCACAGACAUGGUUUCUUGUCGGAGGUACUACUUGUGGGAUCCAGGCAGCAAUAAUGGCAACCUGUUCACCGGGAGAAUUUCUUAUUCUUCCCAGGAAUUGUCAUUUAUCGGCUAUAUCUGCCAUGGUAUUAUCUGGUGCAGUGCCUAAGUACAUUGUUCCUGAAUAUAAAAAUGAUUGGGACAUAGCUGGUGGAGUCACUCCGUUACAGGUAUUGAAUGCUAUCCAGGAACUAGAAUUGGAAGGAAAAAAAGCAGCAGCAGUUUUCAUCACUUCACCUACUUAUCAUGGUAUUUGCAGUAAUUUGAGUGACAUUUCUGAGUUGUGUCAUUCUCGUAAAAUUCCUUUGAUUGUCGAUGAAGCUCAUGGUGCACAUAUAGGAUUUCAUUCUGAACUGCCUAGCUCAGCCCUCCAGCAAGGGGCUGAUUUAACUGUACAGUCCACUCACAAGGUUCUUUGCUCUCUUACUCAGUCAUCGAUGCUUCACAUGUCAGGAGACAUUGUCGAUAAGGGAAAAAUAUCUAGGUGUCUCCAAACCCUCCAAACCACAAGUCCUAGUUACCUGCUUUUGGCAUCCCUAGAUGCUGCUCGAGCUCAACUUAGUGAAAGCCCCGAUAUUGUAUUCGACCGAGCCAUUGAAUUAGCAAAAGAAGCAAAGUGCUCGCUAAAACAAAUCCCUGGAGUCUCAGUGCUUGAGAAUUCAAGCUUUCCAACCUUUCCUGCAAUUGAUCCAUUGCGGCUUACUGUAGGUUUUUGGGAGCUCGGUUUAUCAGGUUACGAAGCCGACGAAAUCUUAUACAGGGAUUUUGGAAUCGUCUGUGAACUCGUUGGGAAUAAAUCUAUCACUUAUGCACUUAAUCUUGGAACUUGUAGGGACCAUGUCCAAAGGCUCUUAUCGGGAAUAAAGCAUCUAGCUGCAACAUAUUCUUCCAUUCAGCAACCCGAAGACAGAGUGGUUACGGACGAUGCACCCUUUGAUGAUAUAAUCAUGAGUCUGAUCCCUAGAGAUGCCUUUUUUGCAAGUAAAAGAAAAGUACCGGUGAAGGAGAGCAUUGGUAAGGUUGCGGGGGAGCUUGUAUGUCCGUACCCUCCAGGCAUACCGGUAUUGAUCCCUGGCGAGGUUAUUACUGAGAGAGCUGUCAAUUAUCUACUCCAUGUAAGAAGUAAAGGGGCUGAUAUCAGUGGAGCAUCUGAUCCCUUACUUUCUUCUUUAGUUGUUUGUGAUGUAUUGUAAAAAUAAGUGGUGAGAAGCACCUUGAAGAUUUAUAAGCUUAUAAAGAUUUUCUUUUUGUAAGUAACAAAUCAUAAAUUUAUUUAAUUGUAGAGUUCUUAUAAGUAAGAGUUAAUUGCAUUGGGGUCUAUAAUUAAA